UAUAAACGUCAGUUUUAAUGGUUAUGUUAUUUGAAAGAUUUGAAUUUUCAUAACAAAAAUGUAUAAAACUUAUGUGUUUAAUAGCGUAAUUCGGUUCUAGAUUUAGUUUUUUGAUAAUAUAAUGUAGUAGCAAUCGUAAAGAACUAUUUGUGAUAAGUUUAAAGUACUUAUUAAAUGUUGUAAUUAAGUUUGUGGAAGUCAUGUCCUUAGUAGAAAAGGAAAUUUGUGAAUUAGGACAGAAAAAGCAGUUUAAAGAUCUUCAAAUUUACGUUGAUGAACUUGAUGAAGAUGUGCUUAAAGAAACCAUUAAAAAUCGGUUGUACAGCUCAAAUUUUCCUCUAUUUUGGGACUAUUUGCUUCAGUCUUUCACAUACUCGUCCGAAUCACAUAGGAAACGUAUCGAAAUCAUAUUGAUAGCUUUAAAAGAGUUGGAACAAAACUAUUCAUCCACUUCUAUAAGUUCUCAACUGGUGACUCGUAUCUGUACAGAAUUACCAAAAUUUAAAUCAGAAGAUCUGAUGAAAUUAUGCCAGUUUUGCAUAGAAUGUAUUCAAAAAGGGACUGCCACAGAUUUGAGUUGGAAAGACUUAUUGCCUGAAGUUCUAAAUGUUUUAUCAGAAAGAAAUCGUGUUGACUAUAAUCAUGCAGAAAUUACUGGUUCAGAAUACAAAACCCAAUUAAUUACUUCCCUGUGUAUGAUUCAUUGGUCUCCAGAAAUCAUUACAAGUUUAACUUCAAUGUUCAUCAAUCUACCCCUUACAAAAGAUGAAUACAGCCAAGUUGUCAACAAACUUGGUGAAUUCAUGGAGAAACUGACAUGUCAAGAACUACCAGCUUUUGUAUACCAGUUGCUCAAACUUUGUCGAAACCAAAAUGGCAGAUCAAUUUUUUUAAGACUGCAGAAUUACUUCAGCAGAAGGGUUUAUUCAAAAGUUACUUCUAACGUUGACAGCAACUCUGAAAGGAGCAGUAUGGACAUAAUUGGGGAUGCUGUAGAUCAGGAGGCAAUAGAAGUAGAAAGUACUGUUUUGUAUCAUAUUUAUCAGUGUGCAACUUAUGGAUACGGCACUAUCUCUAACUACAUUUCUUCUCUCAAAAAAAUGAUUAAAUCUCCGGAAUUUGUUCUUCAUCCUUUUCAAAUUUCUGUGUUGAUGACCAUAUCCUGCGUUUCAACAUUCCAGGAUACCGUUUGUGAAAUUGUACGUUGCUGUAUAACAAAGCAUUUCCAAGAAGAAAUGCGAAAGACCAAUUCCUGCUGGAUCAGGGAAAUGGUGCCAAAAGUUUGCAAAAUAGAAGAGGUUUUGUCACAAGUUAUAGACAUUAGUUUGUUAGAAAGAGAGUUGGUGAUUGAAGGCCUGAUAAACCUUGCUUAUGUCUUACUAAGUUUUGGUCCAGCUUUGGGCAGAGAUGUGAUUGCUGAAAAGCACUGGCAUUUGGGUACCAAUAUUUUAAUAAAAAUAUUGAAAAAGAAGCGCAACAUUGCCUCUUGUGUUAUCCAAAGACUAAGCAAUCACAUAGUAGUGGGAAACAAUGUUAGUCAAUACAUAGAUUGCAUUCAAAUAUUAAGCAGUAAAAUGGCGUUAACAAUGUUAGAAAAUCAAAGUUGUGUUGUUGAACUUAUGGAGCGUUUGGUGCAAGUUACUUAUCCCACCGCAAACGCUCUUUUGGACGCCUUAUUACCAAUUAUGAAGUUGUCACCCACCAUGCGUGACCAUUUAAUUUUGAUACUUAAAAAAGCUCUGUAUUCUAGAAAAGCAGACACAAGAAGAGUCGCUGUUUCUGGGUUCUUAAAACUUUUAAAAACUUUAAAAAUAUCGAACUUGGCGGCCCUAAGUCAGUCCAGUUCGAGUUCUUUUUCUUCUGGACAAUCUCUAAUGACCCAAGUGUCCUUAUCGUACACAGGCCAGGCUAAAUCGAGUAUUAUAAGUAAUGAGGCGUUAUCAUUAGAAUUAUUGGGCGUCUUAAGACGUUGUCUCAUGCAGCAGGCCGAAGUCAGAGCACAAUUGUACAAGGGUCUUUAUGACGCAGUUUGCAUGAAUAUGGAAUUAAUUGUACCCACCCUGGACAUAAUUUCGUCCCAUUUCAAUCAUUUUUACGUAGCUGAUGAGGAAUCUUUACCACCUUUGGAAUUUUCAAAGAUUACCUUGGUAAAAGACUCCAAUGUUGUAUUACAGGAACCACUAGCCGAAUUAAUACAGGUGUCCUGUUUAAUCGUUGCAAAAAUGGUCGAAAGUGAGGACGGUUGUUGUGAACCUAGUACUCUACGUUUUAAAUCUCAACUUGACUCAUUGUGCAGUCGUAUGACUAACUGUGAGCUUAUACAUUUCGAAUUGGAUGACGGCACUGAUCUGUUAGACGUGGUACCAGAAUCUCAAGAAAAAAUGAUCAUUUUAAAGGAAGUAAUGUUGGUGUAUGAAGCUUUGAUAGGUUUUAAAAUAAACAUUUGGAAUGUGAAUAACGAAAAUGCUGGUCAACAAAUCAAAAGUCUUUUUGAUGCUUACAAAAGGCUUGUAGACUUCUCAAAGAAUUUGUCGAAACCAAAGAAAGGAGACAAAAGGAAAAAAGGAGACCCAACAGAGCCAUCAAAAAAGAAUAAUUUACAAAAACCAAAGGCUUUUAAAAUGCCUGACACUCUCCUUAAUUUUGAAACUUUAAAAAAACUACUCGAACUUUUGCACAGAACCGAAGUGGACUGGGCGUCACCAGCACAGGCAAAUAUAUUAAAACCAAAGCCUGAUUUUCACCGUUUCGUGAUGCAAAUCAAUCUUCAGGCGCUCCAAAGCCUGAAAAAUUCUAAAAUCGAAGAGCAGCACAAGCAAAAGUGUUUCGAAAAUAUUACUGAUAUAGCGAAAGUGUUACAUGAACGAUGCAUUUCUCGUUUAAACGAUUUUACAGAUUUUGAUUGCACAACUGCCGUUCUGGCUUCUGAAUGUUUUCAAACUAUAUUCGUUAUUAUCACUCAUCAUUAUGGAAAUAAGUUAAAAUUAUUUUUAAGUAAAGUUGGCGAAAGGUCAGACAGUGAAGAGUUAUCAUCACUAUUAUCGCCAUUUAUCGAGACUCACCAAAAGCUAUUAGAUGAAGAAGACGAUACUGAAGAGCAAGAUGUGGAAAUAAAAAAAAGGAAUGCAAUUAUUUUAUCAUCAUUAUCUUUAUUAGUUUCACAACUACCUGAAGAAACUAGUGAAGUUUCAACACAGGUUUUAGACUGGUUUAAAAAAUACUGCAAUGAGAAACAAGCCAAUAAGCAAAUUGCCCACAACUUCUUCACAUUAUAUUUCGAUGUACAUUUAAAAUACAAAAGCAGUUUAAGUCUUUUCGAAACUGUUACUAAACGUUUAGCAGAAAUAGUGGGACUAAUAACGCAGACAGAACAGGCUGAAGAAGUACAUGGUUGGAGUGUUAUUACAAAUGCUACUGCUGCCAUUGCAGUUCAGUGUUUGUGUGCUUCCCUUAAAACCAUUCUGGACGACAUAGACUGGGUUGUAGUUCGUUUGGGAGCCGAAUAUGCUAUGAUAACAUACCCGGGCGAAGAGAGCACAGAGAGAAAAAGAGAAUACUUGAAGAGCAAAGAAAGAGGAGUAUGUUGCCAGCUAUGUACUGUGAUAUCUGUUAUGGACCUGUUAUGUACAAUUUGCGUGCCCUUGGGGCCCUUAUCUGAAGGAAUCCUUAAGGUUGUAACUCGCCUUUUCAAUGUCCUCAAUUCUCUCACGAAAUAUUUCGUGGUGAGGUCGUCUAAAGUAAAUGUGGCUUUUGAAAGUGCAAGAUUUGAAAGGGUUGUACGAAUAUCAGGAAAGAACUUUUUCAAUUCGGUUUACGAGUUUAUAAUAUACGUGGAAGACAAUCAGAAAGAAGAGGAAGCCACUCAAGCUAAGAGAAAGAGCGUGGAUUCGAAUAUACUCAAAAAUAAAGUUUUGAAGGAAACAAAACUAAUUCCCAAACUGAUUUAUGAAAUGGAACAAUAUGGAAAAUCUAUUAUACAGUUGUCUAAUAAGACUAAAGUAGAUUUGGCGAGGUUUGUAGGAACUGGAUCGGCAAGAGAUUUUAGAAUUAAAGGACUUAAGGAAGCACUUCUGGAGGUUGAAGCUGAUGCUAGUACUUCAAUCGUUGAAGACGAAAAUACAAGGGACUCCUCUAAUAUGGAGGUCGAUGAAAACGUUGAUUCCAGCAAUUUAAGUAACGAAGAGUCACCACCGUCAAAAAGGUCAAAAACUUGACUAAUUUAUAUUGUUAAACAUUCCAAGAUUGCAGUUUUUUCUAUUAAAUAUUGUUAGAUUUCAAUAAGAACAAAUACCAAGCUCUUGUAGAGUCAGACAGUGAUUAAAGUGUAGAUGAAAAAAAUAAUACACGGAAUUAAAAGUG